CUCGUUUCAUGGACAUGCGAGCAUGUGAGUCGGCUUCAGUAUCCCGGGGUGUUCUCCACAUUGUACACGCCAUUCCUUAUCUAGUCAUACAAACUCCGUGUUUUGUACUGUAGUGACUACUUUGACUCCAAGAAAUAGAGGAAAAAGUUGCUCCGGUGAGUGGUGCUUUUAAGUGCUAAAUGUGAGAACACCGAAACCGAAACUCAUCCUACGAAAUCCUCCAAGGAACAUGGCAUUGAAGACCAACACUCUAUAGUGGCAAUUUUGUAGAGGAAGGGCUCUUCUCAAAGACCAUGUAUGCCAAUCGACCUGGUUGGGAUUUCACAGAUGUCAACGAUUGUCGGGCUUACCAUGCAGCCAAUCACUCAUUCCCAGGACACUGUAACUCCACUUGGGAUGGGUUCCUAUGCUGGCCAUUAACCCGACCAGGCACUGAAGCCAGCCAACCUUGCCCGGCCAACGUCAAAGGAAUUCUUAAAGAAAAAUUGGCACACCGAAAGUGCUCUGACAAUGGGUUCUGGUUGGAUGGUGAAGGUCUGGAGUCUUUGGAUCCAUCUUGGACGGAUUUCACCGGCUGCUUCACCCCCGAGCUCACCAAGGUCAUCGAAGGCUUUUAUGCCAAUAUUUCGGAGACGGAGGCCGAACAAAAAGCUAGUAUUCUAUACAAUGCCAGAUUGUUCGAGAUGGUCGGCUACAGCGUGUCAUUUCUCUCCAUUCUGGCCUCACUCGUCAUUCUGGCUUCAUUUCGAAGUCUGCGCACCAAGGAGAAACGAAUUCAUCGACACCUGUACUGGGCCAUGUUAAUCCAGGUGGUGAUUCGGCUAAUCUUGUACACCGACCAAUUUGUGUCACGUCAAAGUGGAGCCAUGAGCGACCAUCAGCAAACCGUCAUCUUGGCCAAUCGAAAUUCCUCCAGAAACGGGACUCAAGCUGUGGUGCCAUCGGCUUUGGGCAGCAGUUUACCCGUUCAAGGGAUUGACAACACGCCAUAUCUAUGUGAAGGCUUCUAUGUACUAUUGGAAUACGCUCGCUCAGCCAUGUUCCAUUGGUUCUUCAUUGAAGGACUUCAUCUGCACAAUGUACUUACCAUAGAUGUAUUCCCAGCCCAUGGAAACAUGAGAAUCUAUUAUCUCAUCGGCUGGGGUUUGCCUGUGAUCUUCACCAUUCUCUGGGCCAUCACGACUGGUUUCAAUGUGGAUGCAGACUGUUGGUAUGGAUAUAACCACACCAAUUACUACUACAUCAUGGAGGGGCCCCGCCUGGCUGUCAUCGUGAUCAAUUUUCUUUUCCUCCUGAACAUUCUCCGAGUUCUUUUGACAAAGCUUCGGAACAACAACUCGAGUGAGACCGAGCAAGUUCGAAAGGCCGUGAAGGCAGCCAUUGUGCUUCAGCCAUUGCUGGGCAUCACCAACAGCCUUCAAAUGAUCUCGACACCUUACGAUCAGAGCGUGACGUAUUUCGCCAUUUGGUCAUUCCUCACCACGUUUUUGGUGUCAUUCCAAGGGUUCUUUGCUGCCUUAUUCUAUUGCUUCCUCAACGGAGAGGUCCGCACAGUAGUUGGAAAGUAUCUUGAUCGUCGUCGGGAGGAGCGAGCCAUCAAUCAAAGAACUUCGUCCUUCUACCAUAACAACACCAUCGCUCUUAAUAAGGACGAGACUAUUGCCAGACCUCAGCGGAGGGCUUCCACCAUUUUGGGGCCACUUCAGACCAAAUUCCAGAGCUUUAAGAUCAAAUCUCCGUCCACGCUGCGGCCAUCCUCUGCAGAGCGAGCCAGCCCCUCACCACCGUUGAAAACACAGGAAAUCGAGUUAAACGGUUUCCAUGUUCCCAUUGGGUCCAAUGAAUCCCAGAGUCAGGUUCCAGAGAGCGAGUCUCUCUUGCCACAAAUGGAGGAAGCCAAAUUUGACAACGACAUCGAUCUUUCGGAGGUCAAGCUAAACAAAACCUGAACCAUUGAUGUAGCCUGAGAUUCAAUACAAGAAGCUAUUUUGUACAAAUAAUGGAUAUCGUCGCGAUUGAAGGAUCAUUUGCGCAAUGAUCCUUUGAGAUCCAAUAAAAGGAAACCUCACUUUA